AUGCCGCGAAUCGUGGAUUACUCUCCUCCAUGGUUAUCCAGACCCUCACCGGGCGUCGAUCUCUUCUGCCCUGAUGCAAAUGACAAGUCGUCGUCGAUUCGCGAUGCGCAGAAAAUCAUUAAUGACGCUACCCAGAAGCCACGACCGGUUCGAACUCUUGCUCGUAGGGGUACGGAAGUCUUUACUGUUGUUGAUAAUCAGAUCAGAUGGGCAGACCUUGCGAGACUGAAAGAUGAAUGGAGGAAAGGCGUGAAACAGAAGAGAGAAGAGUCUGGUCGUGGCAGCCGGAGCGGACAGGCCAACAGGAUAGGAAAGGGAGGCAAGGGCAGUUUGGAUCGCAAUACAACGAGAGAGGAAUCGGAGGAACAAGAAGUCGAUGAUGGCUCAAAGGGCUCAUAUUACAGGAUCCUGACUACCCCAGUAUACGGCAAUAUCGAGCAACUUGCCAUAUCCCCCAACGGAGCUUUUCUUGCCAUUACAACAACUCAUACAGUCCAUAUUGCGGUACUGCCGGAUUCUUCGCACCUUUCUGGGCCAGAUUACUCCCCAAUUCGCGUAAAGACAUUCCAGCUAGGACCUACGACCCAUGUCAUCCCCGAAUCACCAGUCAUGGCUAUCCUCUGGCACCCCCUGGGAAUAUCUGAUACCAACUGUGGUUGUAUAGUUACGGUUACCUCUGAUUCAGCUGUACGGCUAUGGGAGAUUGAUCGCAAGAAUCAAUGGUCAUUUGACAGACCAACGCUUGCAAUUGACUUGAAGAAACUAGUUGAUGGAACUUCCAUGGACCAAGACUUUUCACCUUUGAGCUUCGGUCAGAAUAAGGGAUUUUCAGCAGACUCCUUUGAUAUGGAAGUUGCUGCUGCUAGAUUUGGCGGUCAUGGGUACGAAGAAGAAGAUGCGUGGGCAUCUAUGACACUAUGGGUUGCCAUGCGGACAGGCGACGUUUAUGCCCUUUGCCCGCUUUUGCCUUCAAGGUGGCAAGCAUCGCCAGUUACAAUUCCAUCCUUGACUUCCUCUAUCGUUCGAGAGCUCGCUGUCGCACAGGAGGAGUCGCUGGAGACGGAUGACGAGCUCAAAGCAACCCAGCAACAGUAUGAAUGGCUUAAGGAAAUUGAUAACCAGGAUGCGCUUCUGAUAGAAGAGGAAUCUAUGUUUACUGAAAUCCGAGCCCGUCCAACCAAUCUGAGCCCUAUACCACGACUCCAGGGGCCUUUCUUGUUUGAUUGCGAGGAACUUGAGGACGAUAUUGAUAUCACUGAUGUCUUCGUCAUUGCUUCCAGGGCGGACAUUGAUGACCUGAUGGCAGGAGAAGAUGAACCUGAGCUACUUAGUGAAAUCGCCCAUAGCGGGCUAUCAGGUACAAUCAUCUGCCUUCUAACCUCUACCGGAACUCUUCAUGUGUGCCUUGAAGUGGAUGGGGUGAAAGGCCAAUGGCUUCCAGGAACUUGCAAAAAUACCUUUAGUACACCAAUGUCUGAGCCAUCUGACCUGUUACUUCUAGAAUCUCUAGAAACAGUCCGAGCCAGGGAUAGACAGUCCAACAUGUGGCCCAUGUUCUCAGAAGAUAUUGGAUCGCGAUACGACUUUUUUGUGACGACCGCCAGGGCUGUUCACUUCUUCUCGUUGUCUUCCUGGGUUCAUCGUGUGGAACCUGAGCUAAGGUCUGAAGACACCUCUGGAUCAGCAUUCCGCAUCAACAUUAUAUGCAACGGAGAGAUUGCUGCACGCGAGCAGAUGCUUCAAUUGCCCCCAUCAGAACUAGCUCCAAACGGCAAGGAGGAACAUUUGGCUGGCUGCUUAGCCAUUUUCGACUAUGACGUAGGGUAUCUACUACUCACAUUCUCACCAUCUAGACCUUGUGCGGUCCUGCUUGACUCUCCUGAAUACGAAGAGUUCUUAGCAUCAAAGGAGGCUUCAGAUUCCGAGACACCGGAUAGCCAUGCACCUAUACCAGCUCAUACACGCCCAACAUAUCAGGUUCCGUCCAUUCUCUACUCUCCCUCUCCCCUCGUUUCGUUUGUUGCAGAUUUUGUCCCUCAUGGGCAUCGACACACUCUUAAAGAGCCCGUCCGUCUAUCACCGUCAACUCUAGAACUCUUCACUUCAGCCCAUAGGAUCUUGAGCACAUACACCCAUUCAUUAGAAGUUGCAGCUUCCGACCUUUUCCGCCGCUGUGAACGGUUACAAGGCGAGAUGCGCGGUCAGUUGACUCAGCUCAUCGAGAUAGGGGAGAGGAUAAAUGAUGUCUCAAAUGGCACUGUUAGAGGAACUGUAAAGAGGGCUCCAGUUGAUCGUGGACAGGCCUUAAAUUCGAGACUGACCGCUGCUCAGUCAAGACAGAAGGAGCUUGUCGAGCGGUACAACAAUAUUCGAUUAAAGAUCAUCAAGGCUGGAGGACGACCGAUUAGUGAAAAAGAAAAAGUAUGGAUGAAGGAAGUUGAUACCCUAUCAAUAUCCCUUGGUGAAAACGACGGAAAGUCCAAGGGUGAUUUAAAAGAAAGACUUGAAACGGCAACAACACUGGCCAAGAAACUUCUGUCUGAGAUGAAAAACAUCCCAGACGUUGCUGACUCCACUCCUUCCACUCCUAACUCUACACAGCCUAUGGUGCCACAGAGGCUACAAAAGGCCAAGGUUGCGGAUGCCAUGAACAUGGUUGAACGAGAAUCCGCUGUUAUUGACGCGAUCACAUCCAGGCUUGAACGACUAUCAACCAGCCUAUCUGACCUUUAG